ACUCUGUAAGUGCCUACAUAAAGGAUCAAUAUAACCUGCUGUAAAACGGAAAAUGGACACGGAGCAAUGCACAUUGGGAUUUAUGGAUCUCCUGAGAGAUCCCAAGAACGCUUUGUGCAUUUUCCAAUAGACAUCCAAUUAAAUUGGGAACAUUGCCCAUUUCUGGAAUUUCAUCUCAGCCAAUCAGACAGAAUGUAGUUCGUGUUCUAGAGGAAGCAUCUAUUAGGUUACAGAAAGCUCCCAUCUGCUGUCCUGAGGUUUUGUCUCAAGUCCUCACAAAGGAACAAGGAAUAGAAGCAUCUCAUCCGCCUCUUUUCUGCUGAUAUACUCGUUUGUACAGCUUAAUUAUGCAAACUGCUACAAUUAUCAAAUGGGAUUUUUGUAUGCAAGAUAAAGCAAAUGGCAAGCGUAAUGCCCCUGAAAGAUUCAGCUUGGGAUCUGCUGUAUGAUAUGACAGUGGGAAUAUUAUAGUCAGUCUGCCUUUGUUCUAAAGGAUCUGUCAUGCCUAAAUUGCAACAAAAAGUUCUGUUUUGCCUAGCUGGAGUAUUGAGCUUCUCCUGUGCUCUGGCAAUUGCUGCAGCUUUAGGAAUUCAGCUGUGGGUCCAAGGAACAGUCCUGUGCAAGACUGGAGCCCUACUAGUUAAUGCUACAGGAGAUGAGCUGCAGAAAUUCAUUGGAGAGAUCCAGUAUGGUCUUUUCUAUGGGCAGAGGGUGAAGCACUGUGGGCUCGGAGGAAGACCUACUGAAUUUUCAUUCUUUCCAGAUUUGCUGAACGUGAUUCCAGCCAGCAUGCAUGUCAGUGUGGUUAUAUUUACGACAACCCUCGUCGCAUUUGCCCUGGUAGGAACUGGCUUCUUUAUGUUCAAUGCAUUUGGUAAUCCAUUUGAAACGCUACAUGGUCCAGUGGGAUUAUACCUGUGGUGCUUCAUUUCAUGUUCCUGUGGCUGUCUCGUACUGAUUCUCUUCUCUUCAGAAGUCAAAUUGCACAAUCUGUCAGAGAAGAUAGCAAAUUACAAAGAAGGAGGCUUUCUAUUUAAAACUCAGACUGAAUAUUUUGGAAAGUCAUUUUGGAUUGUCCUGAUCUGCACACUCAUACAUUUUUUUAAUAUGUUUCUCAUUCGACUAGCAGGUUAUGAUUUCCCAUUCUCAAAAUCAAAAGAGAUGGAUUCUGGUCCAGGAGCAAUUGACUUCAUGUACUGAUGUCAUCUUUCUAAAGCAGUGACUCUAAAUUUUUGUCAUGUAAUGGCAUCCUAAAUUAUAAUUUGUUUAACUGACUUUGACACACCAGUAUUAAGGAUUGUAAUAUGAAAAUAAUCUGAAAAUUCUAAACACAGUGCUAAAUCUGUAAAUAUGAAAUUAAACAUAGGACAGUACUUCUAUGCAGUAGAUUAUGGUAACCAAUCACAAUUCAACUUUAAAUGUUCUAGCUUUAGUAAUCUGUAAUCAGAUUGGUUACUCAUGAUUAUUGCACUUCUUUGAAUAAUGUCAUAACUGCCUCGUUUAUUAACAUGUGUAGAUUAAAAAGAGCUGAGAAGUUCUUCAGUCACCUUAACUAUGCAGAAACUACUUACAUAAAUUUAUAUAAUGUUACAUCUAUGAUGGUAGCUCUUGUGAUUUGCAGAGCUGAAAGGUUAUUGGAAUUUGCCAUCUGGCACCUUCCUAUCUUUGAUCACUCUAGGAUCACACAAUAAUAUAAUUUAUAGAUGCAGCAGGUGGAGAGAAAUAGAAUGGUAGCACUUUAUUGGAAAUCAAGGCCAAGGGCAUGUAACUGCUGUGAAAAGCCCCAUGUCCGAAGGGUGAUUGUAUAGUCUUUUCUUCCUAUCAGUCACACAUAGAUCCACCUGAUCAGUUUCAGCUCACUGCAAAGGUCUUUCUUUCCUUUGGUACACAACAAAAGUUUAACACUGCAGAAACUCAUAAAGGGGAAACUGAGCUUGAAAACAGCCGUGCCAUCACCCAGUUCAAACUGCCUGGCUACAACUCGUAAAUGUUUAAAUAUAGUGGCCACCAGUGUAAACGUACUAUGGUCACCUCCCACCCACUCUGUGAGACUCCAGUUUUAUGCUAGUGUCCUUAGCUGAUGAACCCGUCCUCCUAUGUAGAAGCAUUUUUUUUUUUAAACCUUGCUUAUUGACCUGGGCCAUCUAGCAGUUUCCUAAUC